AUGGGCGAAAAAGGCAUCAUCGAACAUCCUGAACUCCUCAAGCUUGGGGAGCCUCUUCCUCCUGGAAAUCCCCAUGUAAGUCGCUCGCAAGUCAACUCGCUUCUAUUUAUUGAACAAACUGACCAUUUUUUUACACAGGGAAUAAGCGUCCACCUCCCAACAUGGGAAGACACACUCGGCUGGGCAAAGCGAGACCCCCGCGUAGUAGACACCAUGAAAACAGGCUACCCGCGCUUCUUCAUCCCGCGAGUAAUCGAACGCCUAGCCGACCGUCUUCUCGAGCACUUCACCCGCAAAGACAAGCAUGCCUUGAUCGUUUCGACAGGCCACCACGCGCUCAUGUGUCGCCAAUUCUUCCGCCAGAAGGUCGACCCCAAUUCCUCGAAAGUCACCUUCCCCAUCCUCAUCGCCCACUGGGACGGCACCAUCACUCCUGUUCGCGAGCAUGAACAUCUACCGAUUACAAUAAAAGCUCAACCACUACCACCCCUCGGCCAAGAAGACAUCUUCCUCGUUCCCUACCCCGUCGACAUGUUUCCCUCUGCUAAAUCCUUCUGGCAACACACCGGCUUUGGCAUCUCCAGUCGACGCGCGACUUACUGGAUGGAAUGCGCCCCUUUUUUUCAGUCCACUCCCCCCACCAGUUCAGACCACCUACCUGAACCUCCAACCCCAAUUACCUUCGACGAAACCACCACUACCGCCGCCCUCUCCUUACUCCGCACCCACCUCGCAAAAAGCUACUCCACCCCCUUUUUGCCCGUCUCCCCCUCCGACAUCUUUCUCUACCCUACAGGCAUGUCCUCUAUAGCCGCCCUCUCCACCGCUAUCAAAUCCCUUGUUUUGUCCACCCCCAGUUCCACCCCCAACCCCUCAGAUCCCCCCCGUAUCCCCUCCGUAGCUCUCUUCGGCUUCCUCUACGUCGACACCCUCAAACUCCUCUCCUCCCUCCUCGGCUUCUCUCUGCACCUCUUUCCCUACUCAACACCCCUUUCCUCCCUUUCGGAGUCCCUGGAGGGCGACCUGCAAAUCGAUCUAUUGGUGACAGAAUUCCCCGGGAAUCCACUGAUGCAAUCACCUGAUGUUUCUGGUCUUUAUAAGCUUUCGAGACGAUAUGGGUUCGCAUUGGUGGUGGAUGAUACUGUUGGAGGUACGGGAGCGAACGUGAAUGUUUUGGGGAAAUGUGAUGCUGUGGUGAGCAGUAUGACGAAGAUGGUGAGUGGGGGGUGUGAUGUUAUGGGGGGGUGUCUGGUUUUGAAUCCGCGGGCGGAAGGGGGGAGGUAUAAGGUUUUGAAGGAGAUGGAGGAAGAACGAGCUUGGUUCCUAGCCGAUAUCGCAGUCAUGGAACGAAACAGUCGAAAUUUCGUCCACCGCGUACGCAAAGCUAGCGCCAAUGCCGAAUGGCUAGUACACAACUUACUUCGACCACAUACCAGCGUGCAAGAAGUCUAUUAUCCCAAAGGGUCACCGACAGAAGAUAUCUACGAGCAGUUUCGGAGUCCAGAAGAAGAAGGCGGGUAUGGCUUCCUAGUCUCCAUCAAAUUCCUGACCCCCGCCAAGGCCAGAGCAUUCUAUGACGCCAUGGCGGUGGCCAAGGGGCCGAGUUUGGGAACGAACUUUACGCUGUGUUGCGCGUAUACGCUGUUAGCGCAUUAUCGAGAGCUGGAGUGGGCAGCCGAGUUCGGGGUGGUGGAGGAUCUGGUGAGGAUUAGUGUCGGGCUGGAGGACAAGGAGUGGUUGGGAGAGAGGGUGAGCAGGGCAUUGAAGGCGGCUGGGGAGUGUGACGAGUGAUGGUUGAAGAGGGAGGCCUGCAGGAGAUGAAAGGGAAGGUUGAUGCUUAGUAAGACUGUACUUGACGUUGACUGGCGUGUGAUUGGGACUGUGGACUACUGGAUGGAUUAAUAACAGAUACCCUCUAUUACCC